AUGUAACUUGAAGUUGUAAAUCUUUUGCAGCAAAUAUUUUAUCAUAAAAAAAUCUGAUUUUAAAUAAAAUUGAACAUAGAACUUAAAAUAAUAUAAUUAAAAAAUAAAAUAAGUGUUAAAUUUUAUUAACAAUUAUUUUCUGAAAUAAGCUACAGACAAUGUCGGCACUUCGAGCAAGAUUAUGCUCAUCUCUUGUAGCAAGACGUCUACUUAGUCAAAAUUUAAAGAAUUCUAAACAUUUAAAUGGUGUCGCUGUUUCUUCUCAGAAUCGCAAUGGGACUGUCAUCUUUCAUACAAAAUACAGCACUGUGUCUGAUCAAAAACCGGAAGAAACUAAAGCUACUCCAGAAAAGAAGGAAUUUCAAGCUGAAACUCGAAUGUUAUUAGAUAUAGUAGCCAGAUCUUUAUACUCUGAUAAAGAGGUGUUCAUCAGGGAACUUAUAUCGAAUGCAAGUGAUGCAUUGGAGAAAUUCAGAUAUCUAAGUGUUAGUUCUGCUCCAGAUCUACCGCCAUUGGAGAACACUGACAGAUCUUUAGAAAUAAGACUUUGUACGGAUAAACAAAAUAGGACAUUAGUAUUUCAGGACUCUGGAAUAGGUAUGACUAAAGAAGAAUUGAUUCAAAAUCUGGGUACAAUAGCUAGAUCGGGCUCAAAGUCAUUUAUAGAAGAGAUUAAAAAGCAAGGGUCUGAUCAGGCUAGUUCAAUUAUUGGACAAUUUGGUGUGGGAUUUUAUUCAGCAUUCAUGGUUGCUGAUAAACUUGAAGUUUAUACAAGAAGUAGUAAAACGGGAUCUCCAGGAUUCAAGUGGAGUUCAGAUGGUUCCGGUACAUAUGAGAUUGAAGAAGUAGAUAAUGUGCCCAUUGGUACAAAAAUAGUAGUGUACUUGAAAACAGAUUGCAGAGAAUUUGCAGAUGAAGAAACAGUCAGAAACAUAAUAAUGAAAUACAGCAAUUUUAUUGGAAGUCCCAUUUACUUAAAUGAUGUUCAAGUGAAUUCAAUAAAGCCUCUCUGGUUGAUGGAUCCAAAAGAAGUGACACAUGAACAGCAUGUGGAGUUUUAUAGAUUUGUUGGCAAUUCUUACGAUAAGCCCCGCUAUACCUUACAUUACAAAACUGAUGCUCCAUUGAGUAUUAGAUCAAUUCUGUAUGUACCUGAGGGGAAACCUGGCUUGUUUGAAAUGUCAAGGGACUCUGAUGUCGGUGUUGCUUUGUACUCGCGAAAAAUUCUGAUUAAAAGCAAAGCAGAAAAUAUUCUUCCCAAAUGGUUGAGAUUUGUAAAAGGUGUCGUUGAUUCUGAAGACAUUCCACUGAAUCUCAGUAGAGAAUUAUUGCAAAAUAGUGCUUUAAUUGCUAAACUUCGGCAUGUUUUGACAAAUAGAUUCAUUAAGUUCAUGAUUGAUAAUGCUCAAAAAGACCCAGUUGGCUAUGACGCGUUUUACAAAGAUUAUUCCUUAUUUUUCAAAGAAGGUAUCGUCACUAGCCAAAGUCCGAUAGAAAAGGAAGAUAUUGCUAAAUUAUUGCGUUUUGAAUCAUCGAAACUUGAAAAUGGUGUUAAAACGUCUCUGGCCGACUACAGUGCAAGACAAAACAACGAUCAGAAAUCAAUUUACUACUUAGCUGCACCUAGUCGAGAGUUGGCCCAAACAUCGCCAUAUUACGAAUCUCUCAAGAAGCGCGAUGUUGAAGUGCUGUUCUGUUACGAAAUGUACGAUGAACUUGUUCUGCUGGAGCUCAAGGAGUUUGGUGGCAGAAAACUUGUGUCCGUAGAGAAUGACAUGCAAACAGACCCGGCUGCGCCAUCAGAUACUAUUAUUGGAAGUGAAGACUUGAAACAAACCCAAGUGAACGAAUUGAUUUCAUAUCUCAAAUCACAUUUAUCUGGCAAAGUAUUUGAAGUAAGAACAACCCAGAAACUAGACUCGCAUCCAUGUGUUAUAAUUGUGCCGGAAAUGGCUGCAGCAAGGCAUUUUAUUAGAACCCAAGCACAGAGUCUUAGUGAAGAAAACAGAUUUGCAUUAUUGAGACCACAACUGGAAAUUAAUGCAAAACAUCCAAUCAUCAAGAAACUUCAUAAACUCAUAUCUAGUGACAAGGAUCUGGCAAACAUGGUUGCACAACAGCUAUUCUCCAAUGCUAUGGUCACUGCAGGACUAGUUAUGGAUCCUAGAAAUCUAAUCACAAAUAUUAAUGAACUCUUAGUUAAAGCAUUAGAAAAGCAUUAGUUAUUAUUUUAUGAU